UCACCAUGGGUGGAUUUGACAAGCAGCAUGCCAUCAUACUGGGAUUCUGAAAUGGAUAAAUCAGAUAUGAUACGAGGCACGCUAUGCUUGCCUUCUCUUGGUCCACCAUGCCCCAUGUCAAUUGAAUAUCUUGAACGUGUCAAAAUUCUAUCUGAAAAAAUUGAGCAAAAAAAGCCAAAGGUAGUUGGUCACCCUUCUUUUAUCAAAUUUCCAAGAAUUAGACUUUACUGCGCAAAUGAGGCCUUGGCCAUUCCUUAUGUCAGUCCAAUGUUGGCUGAAAGUUUAGGAAAUUUACCACCCAUUUUAUGU